GGAUGGCUCCCUGGCCUGAGUCGGGUGAUCGGUGUAUGUGGUGGUAGGGGCUUGGUCGAGCGCUGGCUUGUGAUUGGAGAGCGAGAUCGGGAGAUGAGAAAAAUUUAAGACUAGGAAUAAAAGCAUCAUGGAGUGUAAGCAGCGGCUGAACACAGCAGUUGAACUUGCAGUAUGUCCUCUUAUUGCAGGUGCUCCAUCUUCCAUGUCCAGAGGACAUGGGUCAUGUCCCAAGGAUAAUGUCGGCAUUACUGGAGGGAGCUUUGUUCUAUCUAAUGGUUAUUUAGAUGGGAGUAUUCUGAGGUACUGUCCAAAAUGUUAUUACCCAACUGUUCAGACACGGCUUUGUCGAGAUGGACUCUGGGAGACAAAGUCAACACAACAGAUGUAAAAACCUGCAGAGUGCAAAUGUCACAUGGGUCAUCGUGUUUUUAAAAAUGGAGAGGCGAUUCCCUACUAUGUCAAUGACUCAUGUCGUUCCGAUUAUACAAUAUGUGGCUCAGCGCUCCAUGUUUGCAAGCUUAAUGGGAAGUGGAGUAGAAGCACACCAGUUUGUGGAUGUGACUCUGAUCACUGUCCUGAUCCCGGCAUCCCCCCUUGUACAAGUAGGAUAGGCCACACAUUUAAUAUUGAUGACAAAGUCAAAUACAGAUGUGAAAAUAAAUUGACCCUGAUCGGUUCCAAAGAGCGAGUCUGUAAGGAUGGUGGUCAUUGGUCAGGGACAGAGCCAGAAUGUUACGCUGAUUUCACAUAUGACACCCCAGAGGGAGCAUCAGAGGAUUUCAGCAGUUCUCUAAAGAGAAAUCUAGAGCUUUCACAACAAUAUGAACAAACAGAUCAACUUGGGAAGAAAAUAACAAUGCAUCAGGGUGGAAAACUUGAUAUCUACAUUGCUGUGGAUGCACCUGACAGCAUUAAUGAAACCAAUUUUGACCAGGCGAAAGAUGUCAUCAAAACUCUUUCCCAAAAGAAUAGUUACCUCCAGGUCUCCCCAAAAUAUGAGAUCCAGAUGUUUGCUACAGAUAUUACACCAAUAGUCUCUAUGAGGAACUUCAAGAAUAUUCAUGAUAAAGAAAAACUUGUAAAGAUUUUUGAAGACCUGGACAAUUUUAAAUAUGAAACUAAAGGAGGACAAUCAGGGACAAGUAUUGCCAAAGCAUAUUCAAACCUUUUAGAGAGUUUGAAAAUAGAGGAAAUCCAGGAUAAGGAGGGCUUCCUUCGGACCCAGCAUGUGGUUAUAAUGUUCACUGAUGAUUAUACAAACAUGGUAGGUGAUCCCAAACCUAAAGUGCAACAGAUCAAAUAUCUUGUCACCCAAAAAUAUCCCAAUCGAGAGAAGAAAUUUGCCUUUUAUGUCUUUGGAGUUGGAACUGAUGUAAAUAAAGAUUACAUUUGCUUCAUAAUUGUGGUCAAACUUUGA